CGCUUCCUGAAAAGCAACGGCAAAGCCAAGCGGCGCGUCUAACAAGCGGUAAUUCGCUAGCCGAGUACUCCACCAAAAGUGGUCGUCUCCCCGAUUAGGAGGUCCAACCGAACGGAACCACCUGGCGCUCUUCAUGCUGGCGAUCUGCUGACAACAACUUGUCGGCUCUCGUGCGCCGUCUCCAUGGCAACGGAAGAGUUAUACGAGGUGGAGCGGAUCGUGGACAAGCGGAACCGUAAGGGGCGGACGGAGUACCUGGUGCGCUGGCGAGGCUACGGCUGCGAAGGCGACACAUGGGAGCCCGAGAAUCACUUGGCUACCUGCAUGCCGUACGUACACGACUUCAACCAGCACCACACCCUGCGCCACCGAGAUGCCACCUUGCUGCGCUCCACCCGCAGCUACCUGUGCACCGGUACCUACGGCAACCCCUGCGGCCCGCCCGCCCACAUCGGGCGACUCCCGCCCGUCGCCUGCCCGGAUCCCGUCUCGGACCCUCAGCCCGCCCCGGCUCACCUGUACACCUCCCCCGGCGGACUCAAGGACCUCGGACACGCGUCAUCGCGUGCUAUGCCGGCACCCUUGAUGUCGGCGCCUCUGAUGCCAACGUCCUCGGUGGGCCCUGCUCGCCGCAGCUUGGACUUGUCUAAGAGCAGGAUAAAAAUCCUGGUGCCCAGAAGCCCCAUGAACAGCCCACUGGACGCCGAGGAGUCACCCAGCGAGGCGGCGCCCAGCGAGGCGAUCCACAACACGGAUGCCGGCGCCCGCGACGCCCACGAUGUGCCCCCCGAGGUGGCUCUGGAGCAGCCGACCAGCGUGCAGCUAGGCCAGGGGGAGCUGCGCGCCCGUAUGGGGAUCAGGUCGCGGAGCCACAACGACCCGCCCAUGAUGCGACCCCUCAAUGGAACAGGCGCCGCUGAGGAUGCGGGCGCAACGUCGGCGGUUAGCGCUACAAUGGGCGUCCCGGCCAAGCGGCGUCUGGAGGUGCGUGCCGCUUUUGACAAACGUCUGCGCUUUAGCGUGCGCCGGACGGAGAGCGCCUACCGCUACCGCGACAUCGUGGUCAAGAAACAAGAUGGCUUCACGCACAUCAUGCUGUCCACCAAGAGCUCGGAGAACAACGCGCUCAACCCCGAGGUGAUGAAGGAGAUCCAGAGCGCUAUGGCGACGGCGGCGUCCGACGAUACCAAGCUGGUAUUGCUGGGAGCUGUGGGUGGCGUCUUCUGCGCUGGCCUGGACUUGCGCGACUUGGUCAGACGCCUCACGGAUGACAGGAAGAAGGAGAGCGUCAAGAUGGCCGAAACCAUCAGGACGUUCGUCAACACCUUCAUCCAGUUCCGCAAGCCCAUCGUGGCCGCCGUCAACGGGCCAGCGCUGGGCCUGGGCGCCGCCAUCUUGCCGCUAUGCGAUGUGGUGUGGGCCAAUGAGAAGGCCUGGUUCCAGACGCCCUACGCCGCCUACGGGCAGACGCCAGACGCCUGCUCCUCCUUCACCCUCCCCUACAUCAUGGGCCCCCCCUCGGCCAACGAGCUGCUCUUGAGCGGCAGGAAGUUGACGGCGCAGGAGGCUUGUUCCAAAGGUUUGGUCUCGCAGGUUCUCUGGCCAGGAACCUUCACACAGGAAGUCAUGCUGCGCAUCAAAGAACUGGUCGCCGUCGACUCGCUCGUGAGUCUUGCUCAGUAUUACUCGGUAGAAUUGACCAUACUGCAAGUAUGGGAUAGCGCCCAGUGUCUUGUGCCGCCACAGGUCCUGCGGGAGUCCAAAGCCUUGAUGAGGAACUCCAGCCGAAGUUCUCUGGAGCAAACCAACGAGCGCGAGUGUGAAGCCUUAAAGCGAAUUUGGGCCUCGUCGCAAGGAACCGACGCAAUCUUGCAGCACCUGCACAGAGGCAAAGAGCUCUACUAGGACUAGGAGCCGGAACUGGGACCCGUUUGUGCUUCUAAGGCCGGAUUUAGUCUCUUAGCUCCUUUCCGUGCCACACCCUUGCGAACAACACGUUUGUAUCUUUUCUACAUUGCCAAGUAAAACAGGAAAGGAGUCUCGCAGUA